AUGAAAACUUCGCCGUGUUUCUGCCUUUUCGUCUUGAUGAUCGUCCUAAGGGCAGAUCGAGUCGUAGGUCCAACCCCGUUAAUUCACAUGUUGGCCAAAACUUGGGACCGGCUCAUGUUGCCCAUCAAUUUCGCUAUUCCAAACAACACGCGGACGACUAUUACUGGCGGAAGAUGGGAAAAAACUCUUCGGUUCGCUCCGUCGGGUACUGCUGAACCAUAUUGGACCCUUCAAAAUCUUCACAGAGAUCCCAUAAUCUACCUGUUGGCCGGCGACGAGGAAAGCUCGAUAAUUGAGCCAGGUGUCACAAUACACUGGUACGACCUUCCCGCAUCUGAAUCUUUGAAGGGAAAAAUCGUAUCCAUCGGAGACAACAUGAUUCACCCCGACUCCGACACGGAAAGUUCUGAAAGAGUAGAAUGA